AAUUAAUUCAUCCUCGAUCCUGUUUGCUCUCCUUUUCGUGCAGUGAAUUUCUCCUAAAUCCUCACUGUAUAGACCUUGCCUCUCGAGUGUCAUGUCGAUUCUUUACUGAGUGUGAAACGUCAUGCGCAACGGUGUGUCUGCCUGGUACUGUACAUACGACUACACUCGACGCUGGCUGCCAUAAGCCACAUUCCAUCGUCAUCGUUGCACCUAUUCUUCGUUCGACCUGCCCAUCAUUGCGUCGUUACAAGCACCCGGCUUCCCUACACCGGGCAUUCGCGCUGUCCUCUUCAUCUACCUAAUUCCGCAACCCUUGUCCGGAGUCAUCUGGAAUCCGGCCCUUCCACCUUUCGUCAUACCCUCGGUCGAGAUGUCUACAAACCAUGAUGCCAUUCCCGAGACUCCUCGUGUGAUCUCGCCCUCCCCCACCCCCUCAGACCCAAGUUCGAGCUCGCGAGACUACUUCGGACCCACUACGCGCUCUGCUGCGCGUCGACAACAACGACUUGGUGAAGUGGUGGAGGAGACCAACGGCGACGCGGAUGCGACUCUCAAGCGCUCACGGGCUCGUUCUCGGAGCCCUCCCAGCCCAGAAUCAGCGCGAAAACGCAAACGCAAGUCCAACCCUAAGUUACCGGCUGGGCGAACCAAGUCACCAACAACGAACGGUCAUGCCGCAUCGAACAAUGGGUACCUGUCGCCAUUACUCAGACCCAGUGGUGCUUGGGAGAGCAUUUCGCGAUCCCCUUCUCCUCUUGGUCUCAUUCCUCUUCAUAGCCGUUAUCGCAGCUUUAUCCACCGACAUGAAAUCCCGCGCAAGCUCUUACACGUAUCCAUCGGCUUCCUCACACUACAUUUGUACACACGAGGUAUUCAGCCGCUCCAAAUCACCCCAUGGCUCUUUGGCGCUCUGGUCCCCAUUGCUUCUGUCGACAUCAUUCGCCAUCGUUCAGAGACAGUCAAUAAGCUAUAUAUUCGCUGUGUGGGAGCGUUGAUGCGCGAGACGGAAGUUUCCGGUUACAAUGGCGUCAUCUGGUAUCUGUUGGGCGCAUACGCUGUCUUGCGCUUCCUUCCCAAGGAUGUCGGUGUCAUGAGUGUGCUGCUACUCAGCUGGUGUGACACUGCUGCUUCCACCUUCGGUCGCCUUUAUGGCCGACACACCCGUCAGCUCCGCAAAGGCAAGAGCUUGGCGGGCACCCUGAGCGCCUGGCUUGUUGGGGUCGUCACUGCCGCCGCUUUCUGGGGGUUCUUCGUCCCUUACAUCGGGACUUUUCCCAAUGAUCCUGAAGGCUCUUUCAUGUUUACCGGACGCCUCAAUCUGAUCCCCGGCUCAGUCAAGAAUCUGCUCGGCUGGACUGCGGAUACUUCCAGCGCUGUCCUGUCGGGACCUCUGGCCCUUGGAGUCAUGAGCGUUGUUUCCGGCUUGGUGGCUGCCGGUAGCGAGUUCAUUGACUUGUUCGGCUGGGACGAUAAUUUGACGAUCCCUGUUCUCAGUGGUGUUGGUUUGUGGGGCUUCCUCAAGGUCUUUGGCUGAGAACGAUUAGACUCCAAAUCCCUAACUCUUUUGGCGUUGGCCGUAUUAUUUCUUCCUGUUCCAUAUCCCCCUUACUAUAUUUGCUAGAGGACAAAUCCCGCCUGACGACCUCUUGUUUCUUUGUCUAUAUGAUGCGCAGCUAUCUGUUCAUCUUUCCUUGCCUUAUUCUCCUCCACGCCUCGCCGAUUAUUCUACACACUCUUCUUUUGCUAUUGUUAUUGUUCUCAUUCAUUCCAGUGGUGACUGGUCAAAGGUCACUUGCGGCCGGGGAUCGCCUCCUGACAUACAUGAAAUGGACUGCUUUGUGAUAGAUGGAUCUAGAUAGAUCUCCAAGUUCGUGAUACCUGGGUGCUUACAAUCGAUACCAACCUCUUCUUACUAAUUCAUUCAAACAUCUCUUCUGUAUGCUUAAUGCUCAGUGUAAUAGAUUCA